GCGCCCGUAUUGACCUUUUACAAGUUUGAAAGAUCAACGCGUUUUUCUUCUCGGGAUUAGCAGUUUUUGUUACCCGUUGUUGAAUCCAGGCUAUCUACAGCUCAAGGUUCCUGUCAAAAUGAAUGAAAACCGAUGAUUUUCAAAAGUUAGCAGCACUGCAGAAAACAAGACUUGGACUCAAUAUCAAAUAACUAGCUUGUGUUGUGUUAGGUAGCGUACCAAGCCUGGCAUGCGUAUGCUACAUGAGACCCGGCCCCGACUCUCGGGGGAAGAACAUCGUCAGCUACCCGCUAUUCCAUUCGCCGCCGCUUCGUACGUACCUGUACGUACGUACGUACGUUCCUCUGUCACUGACCUCUAGCUCUAGUAUGGAUUGACUGUGUGCGGAUGCUGGAGAGUCUGAACUUGAAUUUUGUGCCCGAGCUGACGCUUGAAGUUUACAGUCUUAAGCCUUCACUUGUAUUGACUUGAGACAAUGCAAUUUGAGUAUCGAGAGGUAUUGUUGCCCAUGUCAUCACCAUUUUCUAGAGAACUACAUUUCUGUCAAGUGAGAAGGACAUCUUACACCAUGGAUGGAUUCUGCCUUCUCUAUCUACUCCUGAUCUGCUUGAUGAGAUCUGGUGACGUUGAAACCAAUCCAGGUCCCAACACUAAGGAAAGUACUGUUAGUGAAAUGGAGUUCCUGAAGCUGGCCCAGGACAUCGCACCAUCUUACUACAACGCUGUUGGGAUAUCUCUAGGGUUCUCCUAUGCUCAACUACAGGCAAUCCUGGCUGAGAAUGUGAAGAACUACACCAAUGCGUUACUGGAUGUGUUUAUGAAAUGGAAUGUCAAGCAGCAACCUCCACACUCAGACAAACGACAGCUUUUGGCAGACAAACUACGAGAGGUUGACUUGGGUGGCCUAUCAGACAGAUUACUCAAUGGACCUCCAACUCCAAACAGCACAGGAGGGCCACCAAGACUGCUCGAAUCACAGACCAAACCUCCUUCAGCUGAAUCUCAGACCAAACCACUUUCUCCUGAACUGGUUGAGCGGUGUGCAAAGGAUUUCAAAUUCAAGUACAGGUCAACUGUCUGUAAGAUCAGAGCUGAUCCUCUCAGUCCUACUUCCAGUGUGCAGUUUGAAGACUUGCAUACUAACCUUGUCUUACUAGAAAAACAUGGGACAGAGAAGCGAUUGCUAGAUGAUAUCCUUAAUCUCAAAGUCAAUGGAGAGUUCCCCAAGCGGAUCAUGGUCCAGGGAGAGGCAGGGGCUGGAAAAACUACACUCUGUGCUAAGAUUGCGUGGGACUGGAUUGAAGGGAGGCAUUCCAGUGACUUUGUGUGGGUCUUGAUUGUUCCUUUACGUGAAUUUAAGCAACACACUAUUGGCCAGAUUGCAAAGUCUUAUCUGGCCAAAGACAAUCCAGCGACGGUUUCUCAGAUUACUGAGUAUAUCCGGUCAAAUCCUGACAAGGUAUUCAUCGCAUUCGAUGGGCUAGACGAAGUCAGUGUCAAAAUCAUGAAGACAGAAUCUUGCGAAUCACAGCCUACUGAUCAAAUGCUACUUCAGCCAUCACAGCGAUGCGUCACCUCCUCAGAGGCAUGUGGAAGCUCAUCUGAGACUGGUGAUAUUGGACUUGCAGAUAUUCUUUGUUCAGAUCAACUCGCCUCUUGCUCAGUCUUGGUGACCACUCGCCCAUGGAGAGCAGUACAAAUUAGAUCAGAUGGUGAUCUAACGAAGCUCUACACAUUCAUUCAUGUUGAGGGUUUCAACAGAAAGAAUUUGUCAGUAUACAUUCACAAAUACUUUCCAAAGAAUAAAGGAAAAGCAAAUCAGCUUAUCCAGUUCAUCAGUGAGAAUGAUGUCAUAUCCGAAGACAUGGCCCGCUAUCCUAUAUAUGUAGCUAUGUUGUGUCUUAUGUGGAAAGAGCUUGACGAGCAAAAAUUAAAGAAAAUGAAAUCACUGAAAACUUUUUCUCAAAUAUUCAAAACAAUGAUUGUCUUUCUAAAAGAACAUUAUGCUCAGAAAAAGGUGAAGAAUGUAGGCAGCCCCUCACUUAUUUCCUAUUUGGAAAAAAUUGAUGAGCUCCUUGGACCGAUUGCCAAACAGGCUCUCACUGGUCUGCUAGAAAAUACAUUGGUUUUCAGUGAAGAUGAUUUCAAAAUAUGCCCAGAAUCCAAGGACACUGCCUGUCGGGUCGGGAUUUUGUCUCAGGAGGACAGAAUUACCGCCGUUAUGGAUACACAUGAGAGGCAUGCUCAUGUGCAAUUGCCAGUCUUCUUCCCUCACAAACUGUUUCAGGAGUACAUGGCUGGAGUCCAUCUGGCUUCCCUAUAUGAAUCAGAUCGUAUUGAAGAUCGUAAUGAAUGCAACAGGCUGAUUGAGCAAGUGGUGCUGCCAAGGGGAGAGGAGUUUAGGUAUCUCCUGUACUUCACUGUGGCACAGAACAAAAGUAUUGCAACCCAUGUAAUGCAUUCUAUGCUACAGGGGGUAUCAUACCUGAACAGAGAUUUCAUUGUUGAUGUAGCCUUUGAGAGUCUGGACCCAGAUGUAGCAGCCUUGGUGAAGGACAGUAUGUCGUCAAAGGAGGCUGUGCUGGUCGUGGACCCAUCCAUGACAGCACACACUGUAGCUGGGUAUGCAUUCAUUGGUCCAUAUCUGGUUGAACUCUGGAGUCAGAGAGAUUGUGGACCUUCUAUGUCACUUGAUGUGGCAGAGAUGAUAUGCUCCAUUCCAUCCUUGAAGGUAGUUUCUCUUCUACGUGCAUUCCAUCAUUGUUUUUUUGCAACACUUGCAACGAAAGGAAAAGAAUCAAAGGUGAGCAUUUCAUCCACAAUUGUAAUGCAUGUACAAGUGUUUAAUUUUAUUUCACCCCAUUAUUACCAUCUCUUCCCUUUUACAUUUUGAUUUCCUUUAAUUUUUGUUAAUGUCACAUGCUGGUUCUUUUGACCGAAGGAUAUCAAUGGUUGUUUCACUAAGGCGGCAGCAGUGUUAACAAAAGCCUUUAAGUUUGAAUACUCACCGUGGAAACCUAGAGAGUGGGCGGGGAGUAAUAUGCAAUCAGUCGUAUGCAUAUAACUUGAAUGCCCUAAAAGAAACUCACAUGUAGGAAGAUCACAAAAUAAUUAUGUACUUAAAGGGAAAGUCCGCCCUGAUAUUAAGUGGGUUUUAAUUAAAUCAGAAAAAUAAGGGAAACAAAUUAGUGAAAGUUUGAUCAAUAUCCGACUAAAGAUACCAAAUUUAUUAAUUUGUUAUGUUGUCCUCAGUGGAACACAUAUUUACGACACACUGAGAUUUAAGAACCUGUAUCUUUUGAUACAGGUUUUCUCAGUACAAGACAUUUUAUAAACUGUCAUUUUCUUAGUUAUUAAUAACGGAAUAGAUUUGUUUCAUGUAGGGGUUGCAUAAAAACUUACUGGUAUUUGUGAUAAUUGUAUCCCCCGGCAGUAUGCUGGUGGGGUACUU